CAGCAGUCGAAUAGCCUUUCUUUGUAUUGCUUUCUCAUUCAACCCCACAUCUACCAGACGACACUUCUUCAUCUCAGAUAGUACAUACCAUGGCUAAGGGUGGAUUUGUCGACGCAAUCAAGAACUCUGUCGUGAUCGAGAAGCCGCGGGUGAACAGCAAUGUCACUUUCGACAAGAUGCUGGCUCUUGAUAUCCUCCUCCUGAUGUUUGGUGGAGUCUGCACUUCGCUUCAGGGGGUUGUCAAUGGCUCGCUGUCGGUGCAUGUCAACGGCGGGUUCUCGUCGUGGCUCUCGUUCGCGAUCGGCUCAGCCGUCCUUUUCGUCUUCUUCAUGGUCGAUACCCGCGGUGGCAAGGCCAUCAACUGGAAGAACGCGGCCAAGACCACUCCUUGGUGGGCGUGGCUCGGAGGCAUUCCGGGUGCCGCCUUUGUUCUGUUCAUUACCCUGUUCAUCCCGUACCGUGGUGCCGCUGUCGUCUCAGGCAUCACCAUUUGUGCUCAGAUGGUCACUGCCUUGAUUGUUGACUCGUUUGCUUUCUUCCAGUGCAUCCACCGUCCAGCCACCCUGCCCCGUAUCUUCGGCCUUGCCCUGAUGAUUGCUGGCGUGCUGAUGGUUGCCCUUGGGUAAACGAGCCACGGAACUGUCCUUGCUCCUCUUUCCGCUUCUGCCCAGUGUCCCUUCGCCUCCCCAAAGUCACAGCUGGGCUGUGACUGGCCAAGGCUCCAGGCAGGAUUGCCUAUUUUGAUGACCUCCCCUCACUCACUCUUGAUCUUCCGCCAUGUACUAUUAGCACUCGCGUAAAACACACGCACUUUUUCAGUCACGCCGACCUACUGUACCAGUUUUCUUCUCUUCUCUAGCCAAAGUGAAACAAAUAUAUGAGCCUAAUUGAAUCAUACACACAAGCAUGCACACUCGCCCGCUGCCCCACUAAAAUGCAC